CCUGCAUUUCUCUGUGAGGAUGGUUGCGCCUGCCGGUAUUUCAUGAUGAUGUACACAGAGCAGAAAUCUCCGUACAAAUGGAAACUAAUUGGCAGGGGCGGACUGACAACUCAUGGGGCCCCCGGGCAAUAGGGGAUCAUGGGGCCCCUGUGUCCCCUGUGCCCAAACUCAAAAAAGCCUAUGAAAAAGGUACCAGGGGCAUCUCAUGGGGCCCCCUACUGCCCUCAGGCAGUGCCUGAGUUUCCAAAUGGUCAGUCCGCCCCUGCU